GGUUACUGCGAGUGUUGGCGGGAGGGAGCUGUUCCUGCAUUUUCUGGAGCGAGUCUUCUGACUGCUUUUAGUUAGAACUCCAGUGCCCCUCGGCGGGCCGCGGCCUUUGAAAAUGCGCGCGCCCUAAACGCUGCGGCGGUUACGCUGUUGGCGGGAGGGAGCUGAGCCUGCACUUUCCGGACUAGGUGUCCAGACAGCUUUGAGCCAGCCCGUCACUUUCACCUUUUUACCCGAGCGUGCGAGCGUGGUAAGGGAAAGCCUGGCCGACUCGAAGGUGGUUGGCAGACUGGGGGUCAGGGGUGGAGCAUCGAGGACCUGAGGGGAGGGUCGCGGACGGGAGGGACGGGGACGAGAGGGAGGCUGCCUCCACUGGAGGACCUGGAGGAGAUCUGCGGGGAAGAACAGCAAACUGAGGGACCUAACGUGAUUGCUACAAUGGAAGGAAUUAAUAAUUUCAAGACGCCAAACAAAUCUGAAAAAAGGAAAUCUGUAUUAUGUUCCACUCCAUGUGUAAAUAUCCCUGCCUCUCCAUUUAUGCAGAAGCUUGGCUUUGGGACUGGGGUCAGCGUUUACCUAAUGAAAAGAUCUCCAAGAGGGUUGUCUCAUUCUCCUUGGGCCGUGAAAAAGAUAAGUCUUUUAUGCGAUGAUCAUUAUCGAACUGUGUAUCAGAAGAGACUAACUGAUGAAGCUAAGAUUUUAAAAAACCUUAAUCACCCAAACAUUAUAGGAUAUCGUGCUUUUACUGAAGCCAGUGAUGGUAGUCUGUGCCUUGCUAUGGAGUAUGGAGGUGAAAAGUCUCUGAAUGACUUAAUAGAAGAGCGGAACAAAGACAGUGGAAGUCCUUUUCCAGCAGCUGUAAUUCUCAGAGUUGCUUUGCACAUGGCCAGAGGGCUAAAGUACCUGCACCAAGAAAAGAAGCUGCUUCAUGGAGACAUAAAGUCUUCAAAUGUUGUAAUUAAAGGUGAUUUUGAAACAAUUAAAAUCUGUGAUGUAGGAGUCUCUCUGCCAUUGGAUGAAAAUAUGACUGUGACUGAUCCUGAGGCCUGUUAUAUUGGUACUGAGCCAUGGAAACCCAAGGAAGCGUUGGAAGAAAAUGGCAUCAUUACUGACAAGGCAGAUGUGUUUGCUUUUGGCCUUACUCUGUGGGAAAUGAUGACUUUAUGUAUUCCACACGUCAAUCUUCCAGAUGAUGAUGUUGAUGAAGAUGCAACCUUUGAUGAGAGUGACUUCGAUGAUGAAGCAUAUUAUGCAGCUCUGGGGACAAGGCCAUCCAUCAACAUGGAAGAGCUGGAUGACUCCUACCAGAAGGCCAUUGAACUCUUCUGUGUGUGCACUAAUGAGGAUCCUAAAGAUCGCCCGUCUGCUGCACACAUCGUUGAAGCUUUGGAACUAGAUGGCCAAUGUUGUGGUCUAAGCUCAAAGCAUUAACUUGUAUGGGAACUGUUAACUAGAUAUAUGUAGUUAAUAUAACUUAUGGUAGCUAGAUUCUAGAAGUAGCUUUAACACUAGUGACCCCUGUCUAAGAUGACUUAAGAAUCAAGGGACCAUUGCUUUGUUACAGAUCUUUUUAGAUAUUCUUGCUUCUUUAGUGGGUUACUAAAAAUUUCACUACGUACAUGUGGUACAGAUAUCUGUCUGCUCAUAGUGUCAGUCCUUCAGCUGGCCUGUCAGCCCAUGCGCCCUGGGACUUGAGAAGAGUUCAUAAACGUAGCUCCUAGGGUGUCUUGCCUCUCUACACUUAGCUUCUAAUUUAUUACUUUGUUUCUACUGAUUGUGUCUUAAGUCUUUUAAAAUAAAUGUAAGAAUAAACAAUAAAAGACAGUUUUAGUACCAGGCA